CGCACGACCCGGUCGUUUCUGUCUUGUCAGUCAGCGCCUGUCCGUUGAGAGGGGCGGUCGCUUAAAGGAGAGGGUCCCGUUGCUGCUGCUUUUUUUUUUUUUUGCCCUUCGCCGCCACCGACGAGUAUGGCUGAGCCCGCCACCCAGUUCCCGUAUAUUUCCUCCUCCGCUGGAGGUGGCUCCUCGGAGCCGGGAGGACGAGACGCCAAGGGGGCAGGUUCCCCUCAGCCUUGCGCUGAUUCCUUUGUUUCUUCCUCUCAUCCUGUCUCUCUCUUUUCGACCUCACAAGAAGGGACAACUCCUCAUCCUCUGCCUGAAAAAUCGCCCUCCCAAGUUGCGACUCCCCCUUCCCCUGGCUGCUUUUCAUCGGCAGAUGCCCAAGCCUCUCACUUAACACAUUCCGAAAAACAGAGGGAAACGAGUGGUAAACCAGCACCCUUCAACACAGAAGAAUUCAAGGAUGGCAAAAGAUUGAGCCGUUAUAGUGGGACCAGCGAAGAUUCAGGAAUAGAGGCAGCCUCUGUUGGAUCCCCUGGCCCAGAGGAGCCCUUAUUCUCUGUUGGCUCCAAAGCUCAUCAUUAUGAGCCAGUGAAUCAGGCUGGCUCCUUUGUGCAUGAUAAUUCUCUGGGAGAAGUCAACAUAGGCAGUAAGGCUGAUCUGAACAGCUAUGACCAACCCAAACCAGCAGCUUCAGGUGGAGAGUCCAAAUUUGCUGUACCGGCCAACCCUGGAGAAGGACCUGAGCAACUGCCAACAAGACUCGGGUAUUCUCUUUCCUCCUCCUGCCCUGCAGCCCCUGGUGAUGUUGUGGACAAAGAUUCUCCUGAAUCACCUUUUGAAGUCAUUGCUGACAAAUUGGAAUUUGAUAAAGAAUUCAAAGAUGCCCUCACAAGCAAUUCCAAUGACAUCAGUGGCAACUGGGUCAUGCACAGUGAAAGGGAGCUCCUUACUGACAUCCCGGAAGAUAGCAUUUGUGAGUUUCGGAUGAAACCUCGUGGUGGGGGCAGAGUUCCAUCAGGGCCGGGGCUCUCACGCCAGUCAUCGGGCACAACUGCAGCUCUGGAGGAAGUGUCUAAAUGUGUCCGUGAGAUGCACAACUUCACAAGUGAGAUGAUGAGCUGGGACUUGAUUCCCAAAGAUCUUGGGGAGAAGGCUAACGAUUCGGUGAGCCCGGACCAUCCUGCGUCUCCUACCGAAGUAAGCAGUGUCGCUGCAGGUCCGGCAGGCAGCAAGGCAGAAGCGGGUAAAAUUUCCAUCCCUCAUCAGCCACUUAAGAUCAAUGCCCACCAAAAAGGCAGGACGCCUUCAGGUGUGGAAAAGCAGCCAUCUCAGAAACGAGCAAGUGAAGAAGAAGCUGCUAUGAAGAAUGCUUCUGCGGUAGAACUGAAGGCUGAUGUCUGUUGGCCAAAUCCAGGCUUGCCUGAAACUACUGAUGGCGACAGUUCCGGUGAGUCCGACGACACCGUCAUUGAGGAUACUGUGGCAGAUCCAGCCUUCCGAGGGGGGAGAGCUGCAGAGGGCAGUGUGCAGCCCCAGAAGCCAGCCUUUGGGCCGAUUGUCAAAAAGGAGGAUGUGGUUGUAGACGGCACAGACAGAUCACGUGAGCCAUGUAAGCCUACCCAAGAAGUCGGAAUGCCUUCUAAGACUCCAGAGGGCAGUUGGGGAUUUAUUGAUGACUUUGAGACUGUCCAAGCCAAGGCCAGCGUUCUUGGAGGAAGUAGCGUUGGUGCAUCGCAGUUCCCUAAACGGCCCAUUCCAGGCUUACCUGAUAAAGGGGUACAAGACGUGGGUAUUUGCGAACAGGGCUUUUCCAGAAAACUGCCUAAAACCAAAACCGCUUCCCUCAAUGGAACCCCUGCUUUGGGCAACAUCAAGGAGGCUGUGUGUCCAGAUGCUCUAAAUGGUGAGAGUUUUAUGGACUUCAUGAAGGAAUGCUUGAAAUCCAAGGGGAACGAGUCCCCAGAAGACCCCGUAGAAACGUUCUCCGAAGCAGAACUAAAAGCAGCGAGAUCCGAAGUGUUGGCUCCGCACUUUCAACAGCCACCCAAGGUGACUCAAGAUUUUGAGCAGGAGCACCUCACCAUCAAGGCCCUCAAAGAAGCGGGCAGGAAGACGGAGUUGGAGAAGCAGCCGCUGACACCGAUCAAGGUCUCCCCGCCAGGGGGAAGGCAGCCAGGGCAGUAUGGUGAGAGAUCACCAGAGCCCCCUGCGCCUGCUCAGAAGUCGGCUUUAGAGAAGAGACCCCUCUGCCUCGAGCAGGCUGUGGAUGUGAAGUUGUCUUCUGCCUCUGCUGGCUUUGGCAUGCAUGAUGUUCCCAGUGCGUCAUCUCAGGCCCCUCCUCCUGAGCUUCCCAUACCUCAUGCUAUAGCGAAAUUGCUGGCUGAAGUCUCAGUGCGUAAUCUGAUCUUCUGGCGGGAUGUGAAGAAGACGGGCGUUGUCUUCAGUACCACAUUGAUCUUGCUGCUCUCCUUGGCUGCUUUCAGCGUCAUCAGCGUCAUCUCGUACCUCAUCCUGGCACUCCUUUCUGUCACCAUCAGCUUCCGGGUCUACAAGUCCGUUAUCCAGGCUGUACAGAAAUCCGAAGAGGGGCAUCCGUUCAAGACUUACCUAGAUCUGGAUGUUGCGCUUUCCUCAGAGACUUUCCACAACUAUAUGAGCUCUGCUAUGGUGCACAUCAACCAUGCCCUGAAACUCAUUAUGCGCCUCUUCCUGGUGGAGGACUUGGUGGAUUCGCUGAAGCUGGCGGUCAUCAUGUGGCUGAUGACGUAUGUCGGGGCCAUCUUCAAUGGGAUCACCCUCCUCAUCCUCGCGGAGUUGCUGGUUUUCAGCCUCCCAGUUGUUUACGAGAAAUACAAGACCCAGAUUGAUCGUUCCGUCGGAAUCGCCCGGGAUCAGAUCAAGUCAGUGGUUUCAAAGGUCCAAGCAAAGGUUCCCGGAAUCGUGAAGAAAAAACCUGAAUAACCUGGCAGGGAGCCAAGGGCCAACUGUUAACAUGAAAUGAGAAAAACAACCCCCCCCCCUUUGUGUCAUAGCUAUAACCAUUGUUACUUGUACCUAUGAAGGAACAUGCCGAGUCAGCUUGAUGUCUGCAUUCCAAGCUUACUGAUUUUAUUUUUUAUUCUCCCCCAGUCCCCUUUUAAGCCUAAACACUGGGCUCCAAAUACACUGGACUUAAACACAAACUGGUGUCAGAAGUUGGGGGAGGAAGGGAACCGGCCCUCUGGGUGAUCCCUGUCUUGGAGGGAACGGUGCGUGUAAAAUAAGCCAUCGGGAGUGGAUGCUGUCACCUGGUCAGAGAGAGCAUGCUGUGCUCAGUGGGAAUGGCUGUGGGUUUUUUUUACAACAGCCCGUCAGGCUGAAAUAGCUGUACAAUGAUGGCAGCCCCUUGUUUCUGUGCUUCCCUGUGCCCCUGUCUUCCCUGUGCCCUGCUGGUGAUAUCCCAGAGGUAGCAUCAAUGCAGGAUUCUGCUGAAGUGGAAGGUGUCAACGCUUCUUCCUCUCUGUCUCUCUUCACUCUUCUGCCUCUCUGGCAUAGAUUAACUAUGAUGCAAAGCUAAACUUAAGGAGAGCUUGUCUUCAAAGUCAGUCUUGUCAUCCACCCCACUGAAGGAAAGGGGGAUUCACCACCCCGUCUCCCUUAAUGACAUCAGUUCUGCUCUUUAGUCUGGCUCACCUUCUGGCCUGUCUCCUCACCCCAACCCCUGCGUCGCAACCCAGACAAACCAGUCCUUCAGUCUCCUCCUCCUCCCCCGAGAUUAAUAAGGUUGUAGUUUUCCUGUUUUGAAAUGGAAAUGUCUGUAACUGCUGUAUGCUAUUUUUUAAAAAAAAACUAUUGAAAAAGUAUCUGCAUGUGGUUCCUCAGCUACCAUAAUCUUGAUUCAAUCUCUAAGAGAAGGGAGAAGGCUCAGAGCCACCAACACACACCAGCCCGGGGGCUAGUCGUUGCAUCUAAAACUUCGAAUGGGUUUAGCUGCUGCACCCGGUUAAGAUCUUACUCCAGAAUCCAUUGCUAACUUCCAGGCAAGGUGAAGACUUUCAGGUCACCUGAGUGAAAACAGAGGAAUCCAUCUUCUGUUGGGGGCUGGGCAAAGGGGACCAGAGAGAGUCAAAAACUGGCAGCUAAAACGACCAGCUCAGCUCCUGCGACUGUGAUGGUUCCCAGAGUGGAAAAGAGCCGGGAGGAAAAAGAGGGAAAGAGACAGGCUCUGCUUUCAGGCGGCUGAAGGAGGCAGCUUGCCUUGUGCUCGGGCUGCGUCGGAGUCGCCAUUCCGUUCUCGGAGUCGGCUUCCCACGCGUUGCGAAGCGAAGUUCCCUUAGCCUUGUUUUCGUGUCGCAACUUGCAGGGAAGGCGUAACACAACUGGCAUGAGCAGGGCAUCAGAGGCAGACCUCACACGCGUGUAAGCAUAGCGUAGUUUUGAAAACCACGCAGGCGUAUGUUGCCUUUUCACUCGCUUGCCUCGCAGCAAGUUGCUUGGUAUAAGCCUCCUGUCAGAGUCGCCGACACUCAUAUUUGCGUGCCCUCAUGGUUUGCAAGUCUGAGAGCCGGCGGAAGCCAUGGCUCUCCAACAGAGCUUGCAUCAGUUUUCAGACACAAGGGGACCGGAGGCCACAACUCGUGCGGUUUUUAAACUCUUAACAGGAUGAGUGUAUCUUGUUGAGAAGCACACCAGUGUGUGAAUUAUGUACUUUGCUCACAAUCUUGCCCCCUCCUGCCCUAGCCCAAGGAGGAAAGUUGCACUGUCUUGUUCCAAAACUUCCUCCCCCGCCAGCCUCCUCCAAAGAGCUCUCUUCUCUGCACUGGAACCCCUUCGGCUCACCUCUUUCCAUCUCUUCUGUUGCCUCUGUGUUUGAAUACCGUGAACAGACCUCUUUGUGCCAGGCAGGCUUUUUUUUAAAUACAAGAUGAUGUAUGUGGAUGGGGGGUGAAAAGACAGGAACAUACUAACUCAGCUCUUGCAUUUGUGUGCGUGUUUUGUACUGUGCGUGCGGCAGUUUUAAAAAAAAAAAAGUCUGGUAGCUCUAAGGGAACAAGAGACCUGGCUGAGAUUUCAAGAGACGUAAAGAAAUGCAAUUUGACGUGGUAUUAAUAAAAGAGCACAAAGUACAAAUUCCA